AUGCCACCAGCAGACGAGCCUAUGUUUCAUGUACCACCUGGAGAUCCCUAUUUCCCCGACUAUGCAUCCAUGUACCAACCCAUUUCUCCAGCUGAACAUGCAUCGAUGCAAUCUGAUGAGUUCGAGCCUGAAGAAGAUCCAGAGGAGGAUCCGGAAGAGGAGAUGGAGGAGGAACCUGAGGAUGAUGCCGAAGAUGAUGUGGAUGAAGAUGAGGUGAUAAUGAUAACCGAUUCAGAGUCAUCCGCCUCAAUUCCACCUACUCCCCGCCGCUCUUUCCUUGGAUAUUCACUCCGCCGUUCCGGAAAAAAUGCAAGGAUUUCAGUCCCAAAACCCGUUACUAUAAAGUAUAACUUGAGGUCCCCUCGCACUAGAAAGGCGAUGGACCCACUUGUUUUGGAAAGCAGCCGUGGGAACCAGAGGACGACUGAGAAGCGAACUGUAGCAACUUUUGAAGAAGGACAAGCAUCAGGCAUUGCACGUGCAUCUGACAUGGACAUUGACAAAUUAUCCUUCCUACUUGAGCAAAACGUCUUAUUUCAUGGACAAAUGUGGCACGUCAGUGACGAACUAAGAAACAAGAAAGGUCAAUCCAUAAAAACGAAGGAAGAAAUGGCCCGCAUGAAUAAACAACAAGGUCAGUAUCAGAUCUUGCAAGACAAUCUCUAUCAAGAGAUGGACUACCGCCAUAACAGCUGGACGAAUUUCGAUUCAAGAGUAACCAAUGUGGAAACUCAAAACCAAAUUGCCCUUUCAGUGGCAUAUGGAAUCAAGGAGAGACAUGCUAUGCUAGUGGGAAAACACGAAACACUAGAGAAAAAACAUAAAAUACUAGAAGAAAAAUAUGAUGACAUGUCUCGCUCGGUGGACAAUAUUUUUUUUAGUUUUUAUAAAACUAAUUAG